ACUGGCGCUUUAUUCCCCAUCCUCUUACGCGACUGUUCAGAUCGGAAUAAUUCCAGAAAACUUCCAGUAAAGUUUUCCAAAACAAUUUUCCACGAAUCUUUCCAGAAAAUUCUCGGUUUUCCUCGCUGCGCGAUUUUCUCGAAACCCGUAAAUUGACUAUGCCCGCAGUUGUUCAAAGUGGUGCGAAUUAUAAUAAUUUCUAUCAGCGUCAGAAUAAGUUUUUCCACAGCAUUUUGAAUAAGACUGUUUUCAUUACCGUUUACAGAAGAAAAUCCUCGAGGAAAUUUUGUUCGACAGCCUUCGAGAUGCCUAUGUGGAGGAUGAUGUUGGGCGUUAAAAGCACCCAACUAUUCCUCUGCCAGGAGGCCUAAAAGAAUCAAAAAUUUCAACGACCAGAAAAGGCGAAUUUAAUUCCCUUUCAAAAUGGUAUUCACCCAAUCUGUUCCUGCCCCAGCCGCGUCAUGGCGAGAAAGCUAUGCCCAUUCAAUUGGCAACAAUGCAACAGAACGACAGAACAAUGGACGACCGCCCACUCUACAUCACACCAGCGCUCACACCACCAGGAUACGAUCUUGGGGACUUUGCGGAGAUGGAAUCGAUGCAGUUCGUGAAUCCGCACGAUGUGAAUCCGCCGCAGCGUUCGGACGCUGGACAUUCACAGCAGGUGAGUUCAAAAUCACUAAAUAUGCCACAAAACGUCGAUAUACAAUUGAAAAUGGAAGAGUUCGGCGACUUGUCGGGCCUAUUGCCCGCCGCGACUACCAAUGCAAAUUUAAUCGAUUGUAUAGAUGAACUAAACACCCCAAUAUUCGAUAAAGACCCCUUCGAUUUUUUCCUGCAAGGAUCAAAACUUGAUGACAAAAUGACGACGACAACAACACCAUCGUCAAACGAUCUAAAAGUUAAAGUCGAAUACAACGCUCACGUGUACCAGUGGCCUUCACUUCAGGCCCGUGCCGGACACGAUCCAACUAGCAUUAGUGUGGGCGCCAAACACCAGGAGAUGUUCUUAUAUCAACCCCAAGCCAACGCCCACAACAACGUAUUCACUUAUAAUAAUAAAACAACAACAACACCGAACAACGCUAAUCCUUUUAUGGAUCCAGAUAUUUAUCGACAACCAACGGCAUUAGAUAGUUUAAGUGUUAAUAGUAAUGUUAAGUACAGUAGUAGUUCUAACGUACCGUCACCGCAAGACGAUCAAUAUUCUUAUAUUUCGUCGUCAGCCGAUGAGCAGCAGCUCGGCAGCCCGUUCGACGGUCACAUGGACGUCAAGCCCAAGCUCAACCUCAUGAUCGACGAGUUCAGGUUCCCCAUCAAGGAGGAGGCUUCCUCGACUCUCAACACUCCAGAUGUCAUCGACGAUGUCGUCAACAUGGGGACUGAAUUUAAUUUACUCGAUUUAAUUAAUAAUGAGGACAUCACCAUCCUAAGCACUGACGAAGAUCUCAAUUCCACAUUAGUCUGCCCUACCGAAAUCAGCACUCCCCUCUCACCUCCAUCCACCCCCUCCACCGCAGAAAGCAAACCCUCCUCCCCUCCAGCAAAGAGGCCCAGGAAACGCAAGACCUUCUUCGAUGAGGACGACGAUGAAGACUACAUCCCUCCAACAAAGAGAAAAUCCACCGUAUCUCUGAAAGAAAUCGACCUCAACUACGCAGACGAGCACGACUCCAGCGAGGACGAUUCCGACUACGAAGUGAGGAGGAAAUCACCGAAAAAAGUCAAAUCGACCAAACCCAGAGGCAGGCCUCCAAAGCGUACAGACUCCAUGUCAAGCGAGUGCUCCAAAGACUCCGAACUCUCGAAGUAUCGAGAGCUCCGAGACAAGAACAACGAGGCCUCGAGGAAGUCGCGUCUGAAGAGGAAAGUCAAAGAGUUGGAGUAUGAGAAAGAGGCUGACGAGUUACACGUUAAAAACAUUCGGCUCAAAGCCCAAGUGGAGGAGCUGGAAAAAAUGGUCAGCACUUUUAGAAACAACCUCUUUAAGAUCCUAGUUAAUAAGUAAGCAGGUAUAGACAGGUUUUGCUCUGUAAUUGAUCGAUAUUGCAUCUGUUCCACUACUAACCUCGAUUAUUUUAUCCAAUUAUGUUGUUAUACAAUAUAUGUAUCGUUGUAAUAAGUACUACUAACUUAAUAAAAAAAGGAAAGAUAUAUCGAUCAAUUAGGGAGCUUAACGCCUACUUGCAAAUGUGUGCAUCUGUGAUAGAUUUUGACAAUGUGCGAACAACAAACCAUAUAUAUUUUGAAACGUUUGUUGUUCAAAAGAUGUCAUUUUUUAGUAUGCAAGUUUCCUUACUUAGCCAUAUUGGCUUACUUGGCUAUAUUUAUACAGAUAAGCUAGCUUGUAAUAAUUGUAAACUUUAAGAUUUUUUUCAUUGAGAUACUAUAUUGUAAUAUUGUAUAGGACUUUUAAGCAAAAGAAUGCUAUAUUUAAAAAUAAGAAUACAUGAAAUUGUCACUAUACAACAUCAUUUUUACUCUUAAAUAUAACAAGAAUAACUGACUUUAUAUCCUUUACAGAUAUUUUGUAUUUAACAAAAAUAUUUUUAUAUGCAUUUAAAACUUUUUAGGUUAACUUCCUUACUAGCAGUUUCUAUUACGAUGCUAAAAGGCACAAAAUUCUCUACUGUGAUUAUUAAUAAUUGUUAUUACAUACAGAUAUAAAGUUGUUUAAACUGUUUUCUUUUGCAAUUUGUUUAUCUCAAAAUCUAUCAAAGUAGUUUUAAGUUUUUGUGUACCUGCUUUACUUAUAUACAUUUUUUUUACUUUUCUAUUUUAUUCGCUCUUAAAGAGUUGUUUUUAAUUAUUAAGUGAACAAACAUCCCUGUAUUUUAAGUGUGAGAUGACAGUUUAGUGAUGUUCAGUGAUCGAAUUGGAAUGAGAACAAGGUGCGGUUAUUUUUACUUUAUAGUAUAUAGUUUUAUAAUUCCAACACACUAUGUAAACGAAAAAAGAUAAGAAAACUAGAUAUAUCUGGAUUCAAAAAGUAUAUAUCUGCAUUGAUUAUUUAAUUAUGAUACCAAGUAUAAUUAUAAUGGUUUUUCUAGCUAUAUGUUUAUAGAUUAAAUGAAGUGAGAUUUGAAACAACUUAUAUAUUAUAAUCAAAGAUGUAAAAGAAAAAGAAAUUAUGUAUUUUUAUAAUUGGUUAUUGUUGGUUUACUGUUAAAUAGAAUUAAUUUGUUCAUUACUUAAAAUACUGAUUUUUAACAUCUUUAAAAGAUUUU